AUGGUUAUGUCCGACAUGGAUCUCGACAACUCAUUCUCGGAUGGGGGUGAAUUCGAGGAGACACAGGAAACGUUAGGGGGGGGUGCCGGCGGUUCGGGGCGUCCUUCAGAGGACACCGAACCUCGGGUAAAAGCAAAACGGAGGAAGGUUGUUGACUCCGACGAGGAAGACGUUUCUGAACGUACCGAAGUCGGGGUGUCAUCCUUCCCAGAAAAGGCUAGGUUGAUCGGUAGGGAGAUGGAUGCUGCCCUUCUCAAGGAGAAGGACAAGAGGAAGAUUUCGGCAGCCUUUCAUAGGCAGAUCUUGGAAUUUCGAGGGAGGUAUGAGGUUUUGCUGGACGAGGCCCUCCGGCAGAACACGGUUCUGUUGGGGAGGGUUGAGGAGGCAAGACGCGUACAUUCGUGCGUAGGCUUGGUUAGGGAAGUCGUAGAGGAGGACGCCUCGGUCAUCGGGAAAUCCUCAAAGGCCAAGGUCCCGGCAAAGAAGACGGUCUCAGCAAGGGAGUCGGCCCCCGUGGCUCAAGCAGCCAAGGAGAACGACUUCAUCGUGGUGGUCGGAAAAAAGAACAAGAGGAAGAAGAAGAAGAAGAAGAAGAGCAAGCAACCAGCGCCAGAAAAGGCCACGAAGACCCCGGGGGUGGUCGCCACCGCGACCAAAAAGGCUAAGGCCGUCGAGAGGGAGAAGGCCAGAGCCCCGGCUCGCGUCUUCGUCGUCUCGGCGGGCGAUGCUGGUGCCGAGGCCGCCAAGAGGCAACUCUGGGCGGACUUGGUAAAGGGCGUGGCGGCGCCCAAACUCGGGAACUUCGCCAGGCUCCCCAGAGGCGACCUGGUGGUCAAACCGGCUGACGAUGCGACGUACAAGGCGCUCAAGGAGAUGGAGGCCAGCGGCAAGAUGGUCACAGAAGAAAAGGCAAGGUGGCCGACUGUCCUCAUCUACGACGUGGAUAGGGACUUCGGUGGUGAGGUACUCCCAGUUCAGAUCGUCGAGCAGAACUCGGGUUUAGGUUUGGUGAAGGAGGACGUGGUCCCCCUCUUCAAGAAGGGGCCCAAGACGGGCGACUUGGUGUGGUGGGUCUGCUCGGUCAGGCCUAGUGCAUUCAAGUCCAUCGUAGGGAAGAGCCUUUUCAUCGGGCUCUCGAAGUGUAGGACUGUCGAAUACGUUGACGUAAAUAGGUGCUUCAAAUGUCAGGGCUUCGGCCACAUGGCAAAUCGCUGCAAAGCGACGGAGGACACUUGCGGGCGUUGCGCAGCCAAGGACCAUCGGGCAAAAGACUGCCAGAGCGUGCCGGUCAAGUGCGCCAACUGCGGUCAGGCUGCCCAGUCGGGCCACAAGGAAUGUUCAGCUCUGCACAAGGCGACCAUAAGGGUCGCCCGUAGGACAGAUUUUGGCUCUAAAUGA